AUGUCUCCGAUGCACAUGAGCAUGGCCCCAGUGGCUUACACGCCUAUUUCGGACGCCAUGGACCGUCACGAAUACGGCAUCAGCAAGAACCGCAAGACGGCGUCCACCGGCGGAGGUCGGGCCUGGAGUGAAGAUGAGGAAGUGUACUUGCUCCAGACACGCCUCCAGAAGAUGCCUUACAAACACAUCGCCGCCCACCUGAAGAAGACCGAGUUGGCAUGCCGCCUGCAUUACCACCAGCUUAGCCAUGGCUCGAACCGCCGCAAGCGCACGACGAGCGUCUCGUCGGGCUCCUCGACCGGCGGCCACUCGCCCACCAUGCCGGCUACAAUGCCAUCCCCGAUUCACGAGUCCGGGUCCCGUUCCGUCUCGCCCCCUGGUAGCGCAGGCUCAUAUAGGGCGGGAUCUCCGGUCGGCCAUGGCAUCCAGCUACCCAGCAUCAUGUCAGCCAACAACAACAGCAACGACUCGCCUCGCCUUCCCGCCAUUCUGCCCAAGCCUGCCUCCAUGGGACUGACCAUUCCGCCUUCGAGCUCGAGCCGCGGCUUCUCUUCGUCGGCUCUAUCCGAGUCUGGCAUGUCGCACAACGCACAAUUGCUGCCCGCCGCCAACUUUGCGCCCAGCCACGCACCGCCGCACCACCCUUCAUUGCGCCUCGACUGCAGUGUUACCCUGCCGCCGCCGCAGUCGGCUGCCCAUUCGCAGAUCGACAUGUCGCGCUUGUCGGCCAUCUACGCCGCCCACCGCACCGGCUUCUGGUCCGCUAUCGCGGCCGAAUACGGUCCCGGUGUCAGUGCCUCGGCCCUCGAGCAGGCGUGGAACAGCAAUGCGCAGCCCAUCAACAAGCAGCAGCAGCAGCAGCAGCCUUACCACUACGGUCACCAGACCCCUCAGCAAACCGUUACACCCAUCACCCCCGUUCUCUCCCCUGAGGAACGUGAGGCCUACAGCAUGCGGGCGGCUUCGGACAAGACGCGUAUCUCUGCCAUUCUCGGCAUCGAUGCAGACCCGCGUAGCCCCAAGGAGAGGGAAAUUGUCAGGAGGAUGGAGGAGAGAGUUGGCGCAUAA